UGAUUCGAUGGUUCAUAUUUGGGUUCGUUCGGUUCAGUUCUUUCUCUUCCGGUUUCCGUCUCUUACGUGUGGCAGAUCCACAGAACAGAAAUGGCAAAGUCAAAGAAUCACACCACCCACAACCAGUCCCGUAAGGCCCACAGGAAUGGGAUCAAGAAGCCCAGACCAGACCGUUACGAGUCCAUGAAAGGGGUUGACCCUAAGUUCAUGAAGAACUUGCGUUUUGCCAAGAAGCACAACAAGAAGGGUCAGAAGACCGCCAACGCAGCAGCCAAGAAGAUCGCUGAUGCCGCCGCCCCUUAGACGGGGGCGUGUCCUCUGCAUCUCCACGGUCCAUUGACUUUGUUACCAUCACAGUAAAGCUAUGCUUUGCUUAAAAAAUAAAGUAUUGGGGUGUUUUACAUUGUAACUUCA